AAGUUACAUUUUAUGGCGGCGCGUUAUCGGAUCAGAAUAAACUAAAUCACUUUUAUCUAAGGAUAAUUUGAUAAAAGACAUGAUGACAUUUAGAGAUAUUUACACCUCUAAAUAAUUUUAGAUUUUUUUUGUAUCUGUUUUUUUAUUAUUAUUAUUUUAGUAAUUUUUUGUAAUUGUAUUUUAUACUUAAUUGUUGAUGUGCUUGUUUUUGCUUGUAUGUAAACUCCAUGGUGACGUGUAAAAGUGCCCUUGUGGCCUAUUUGCUGAAUAAAUGUUGAAGUUGAAGAAUUUUUUUAACUUACCGCAGCUACAAAUUUUGUAAAGUAGAAUCUACAAAAAUCUACGUUGUAUUUUAAUAUGUUGGAAUGAUUUGACAGUUUCCUUAUGCAGUUUACAAAUACCUAGGUUUAUUUAUCCGUAUGACAUAAUUGUUCAGUCGUUUAUACCUAAUACCUACAUAGUUAUUUAAGGUACAAGUGCGGAAAGUAAAAAAAUCACAACAAGUGGUUAUAAAUUAAAACACGACCGAAGGGAGUGUUUUUAAUUGACACGAGUAGCGAAUUACUCUUCGCACGUGUAUCGCACAACGUUUUACAGUACAUAUGGCCCUUUAAACUUUCGACAUAGACACGGAAAGUGCUCACUCCUACACUACUCGCACUAGUGCGGGAAAGUAGCAUCAUAUUUACUGUAAAGAUAUUUUAAGGUUCUGUAUCCAUUGGAUUACGUCACUGUCGAGGGUAAACAAGUCUACAUGGUCCGUCGUAAUUUCCAAAUGUCGUAUUUAAAAUGAUCUAGGUGCCUUGAUUAAUUAUAUGUAACAAGGAUGGUAAAUCAGUACACGCUUGAGUAUAAAACAGCACUGUCACAAUUGGAAAGUAAAUAAACCAUAUAAAAAUAGGUUACUCUAAAUUACCUAUUGUAUUGAAGUCAAUUGAAUAACUAGCGUACGGACAGUGCGCAGUGACACCCUCAGCUACUAGCAUGUGCACGUCGAAUAAAACCAUUAGUUUGUGUUAAUGUUGAUAAAACCGGAGAAUCUAUUAUUAAAUAAUCUUGACUGUUAUUCAAAGUGUUAUCACGAUUAAACGCGAUAUCUUUUGAUAAAAUAUGUCUUAAGAACAUAACAGCUGUUGCUGGUUAAAGAGGCUGUGUUUCAAGUGUUAUCAUUUGCAUAAAUACUAGUUAUAUUACAAACGUUGGAUUGGAUAGACCGGACGAGACUAGCUGUAUAUUUAAAUUCACUUACUUCGCGUAAAGAAAUAAACUCCUGCUUGCCUCCCACACCAUUUUUCGCUACCUCCCAGAAUCCACGGUCUUCUAUUAUAGUUUGAACACAGGAAACAAGCACCAUGUCAAGAGUGAUAGGUCUGGGCAAAGCGGCGUUACGCAAGUACCCCCUGAUGACCAACACGGCUGUGUACGCCACCUUCUACACGGCAGCUGAACUGUCGCAGCAGACAUUCAACAAAUAUAAUUCGCCUGAAAAGCCGGAGAUAGACUUUGCAGCGGCGGCGCGCAUCGUGGCCGUCGGCAGCUGCGUCUACGCUCCUACCUUGUAUUAUUGGUAUAAGUUCCUAGACGCGAAGUUCGUAGGUAAAGCGGUGAAGACGGUGGCCAUGAAGGUGAUGAUCGACCAGUUCACAAUGACCCCGGUUCUACUAGCCAGCUUUUAUGUCAUUUUGGGCUACUUAGAAGGCAAAGCGAACGUCUUUGAAGAGCUACAAGAAAAGUAUUGGAAGACUUUCAUCGCCAACCAGUGCUUCUGGAUCCCUGGGCAGACCAUCAACUUCUACUUCAUGCCUCCUCACCUGCGGAUCGUCUACAUCUCAUCUGUUUCUUUCAUUUGGAUCAACGUGCUUUGCUUCAUCAAGAGACAGAAGAUGACUACCAGAACUGAAAAGGAUCUAUGAGAAAGAAUUUAGAGGGAUAAUUCGGAGGGAUAAAAAGUAUAGGAAUAAUUAGUGUAAUACGGAAAAUGUUUCUGGCAUGUUUGCUGUAUUUAAGCAACGUACCAUAUCUAAUGAAUUAUUAAUGAUUAAAUUACGAAUUAAUUAUCUACCUACGUGGACUUUCAAGAACAUUCGAUUGACGCGCAUUUAUAUUUUUGAUAAUGUUAUAUGACAAUGUGCAUAAUACCAAAGAUAUAUACUUAUAACUCCUUACAAGAUAAAUAAAGUCUAAGA